AAAGUAAUCGCAAGUUUAAAGAACUAUUGAAGUGAGCUAUUUUCGGUGAUCUGAACAUGGGUUGUAAAACGAUGAAAAACUGAUAAGUUGUCUUUAACUUUGUUUUCUAAUUUGGUUUAAAGUUAUAAUUUAAAAUAUAACAAAAAACAGACCAGAUUUACUUAUUCCAUAAAAACAGUGUAAAAAAUACUAGUUAUUUAUAAUAAUGUAUAAUGUACCACAUAAGUAUCACCAAGUUUGUCGUUUGUGUCUCACUUUGGUCAAUGAGCGCGAUAUUGCAGAUUUACAAAUUUAUAAAAAGGAAAAUAUUUCCAACGAAUCACAUGAAAAAUAUUAUAGUCACGACGUGAAACAGUGCAAUAUAAAUGAAAAUGUAUCAAAAUGUGAAUGUACUGUAUUUGACCCAAAAACAUGUUGCUGUGAAUGUGAUAACUCGUUAUCAGCAGUGCAAAAUAAUAAUGAAACUGAUUCAUUUAAUAAGUUUCAAAAAAAUUAUUACACACCGAGUGUGCCUUCUGCUUCCACUAGCCCGCCAUGCACUAUUGAAUCAAAUAUCUUUGAUCCCUUGUUUUCAAAUAAAAAGAGGCAACAAACUAAUUCGACACCAAUACAUUUUCAAUCUUCAUUGCCGAGCAAUAAUGAAAAAUUAAAAAAGGACAUAACAUCCACAUCGAUCAAUCAUGGAGAGCAGAAAAUUUUGCAUAGUUUAGUUAACACUGUUAAAUCGACUCCGACAAAAAAUGAUUUUUAUAAAUGUGACGAAAAUACUUCAACAAACGAUGAGAGCACUCAAGAGCAUAAAGAUGAUUCAUCACCACACAUUACAAUUCAGAUAUUAAACUGUCUCUCUAUUAAGCCUUUUCCAAAUGAUGGCUUUCCCUCUGUUAUCUGCUACGACUGCCAAAUAAAACUUGAAUCGUUUUGGAAGUUUCGAAAUAUGGCACAUAAUUCUCACUUUGCAUUAAAGGAAUUUUUGGCAUUAUCAAAAUCGAGCGAUAUUAAUUCAAAUAUUUUGGAAUUAAAAUUGGAUGAGAUUUUGAAGUCUUCAUCAGAAGCAAUUGCUGCAAAAGCACUGACUGAAUUGAGCAAAUCAUCAAAAACUAGAUACAGCCAACAACAAGCCAUUCAUGACGAUGGUUUUCAGUCUAGUAGUAUAAAAAAAGGAACUGGAAAAGAAAUUAAAGACAGUCGAGAGCAUAAAAUAUAUUCUAAUUUGAUCGAAAACCCACAACAGUCUUUUGAAAAAAAUGAAUCUGAGUCACUAGUUCAAGCUGUCACACAGAAUCCCAAAGAAGCAGAUGGUAGUUUUGAAGUAGAUAAAAAUCUGGACUUACAUAACAAUGAUUCAGAUAUUGAGCAAUAUAAGAAUUUGCAGCAGCAAUUAGAAACUGCGGCAGUGCUUAUGACUAUAAGUAAAAAAAUUGUCAUAUCACCUCCAUGCUCGAAUCGUCAAUCUCCAUGUCUUUCUGCAGUUGUAAAUACAAGUAUUAAAAGUUCUGUGAUAAAAUCAAAACGUCCAUCUAUUAAUAAUGAUAUACAGGAUGGUGUUGAAAUAGACUUAUCUGUUAAAAAACCGAAAAGUUCAUAUAGCAGUAAACUGAAUAUAGUCCCUACAACAAGUAACUUUUCCCAUCCCCAUUUACUUGCUGCUGAUAUAAAUCCGUUAAUCACCGAUGACAGCUUUAAGAAGUGUAGUAUUACUCUUAAUGAAGUUGGACCGUCUAACUACCAAUUGAAUACAAAAAACCUACAACCUGAAAGUAUUGCUGCGUCUUGUCUAUCGGCCUCGGAAGACAGUUCUGAUUCUAAUAAAUUAGAGAUGGACAUUGCAUCUACUAUGUAUGACAGAAAGACUCCUGAAAGUGUAAAUUCGGAUCAUGCCACAGAUGCUGCUACAACUCAACUCUGGCAAGCAUUAGCUCGUUCUGCAGCUAAAAAUAAAGACGAUAGUCGGGCAACACAACUCUUACGGAAUAUGAUGACUCAAACUUUUGUAUUUCCUGUGGCAUCAACUAUAGCAUUGACAAAAGUACCUGAGGAACCGUUGCCACUUUUAAAGGACAUGCCUGAUUCAAAUGUUAAAAUAUGUAGAAGAAAGCAAAGUUUUCCCACUAAAUCAGAUUGUAUGGAAUCCCCAGUGGCGGUUGACGGAUUAAAAGAUAAAAAGGAUAUGUCUUGUUCUAAUUGUGGUACUUUGACAACAACAAUUUGGAGACGUAGUGUAAGAGGAGAAAUGGUUUGUAACGCUUGUGGAUUAUAUUUCAAACUUCAUGGCGUCAAUAGACCACAUUCUAUGAGACGUGACACAAUUCAUACACGGCGCAGGCGUCCAAAAGAGUGCGAAAAAUCUAAAAAAAGAAACAGGUCAACACCCAUCAACACAAUAGUUGAUUAUGAGACAGAUAAUAUAAAUGACCCAGUAGAAUGCAAAAAAAUGAGUGUGCCUCUGACCCAGGAGACUUCAACAUAUUCUGAUUUAGUAUUUAAGAAAUACAAAACAGAACUAUAUGACACGGUUAAAACAACAGAAACGCUUAAAAAUGUUAUUUUGAAGAGAGCCAACUCCCAAUCAUUUCCUGAAACUCAUGCAGGAGAGGAACUAUAUGUUCCUCUGAAUCUUGUUUCCAGUGAAAAUAAUGCAAAGUUAACAUACGACGCCAAAUAAAAUUCAAGUAAUCAAGCCAUCACGCCUAUAUAACUUUAAAUGAGUUUAUAAAACCAUUAAACCAUAAUAUAUAUUCACACUAAAAAAAAAAUUGUUUUUAAAUAAAUUAAGGUUUUAUUUUUAUGGUGUGAAUUAUUAAGCGCGGAAAUAAUUACUUAAUUUUAUUUAAACGUACAGUAAUAAUUCUAUUAUAUAAUAAUUAUAUUUCUUCUAAUACAUGAUUCAGUAUUUUUAACAUUUAAAGUCUUUUCUAAGUAGCUUGACAUAAAAAAAUCAUCAAAUUCAUACAAGUAUAUCACAAACCAAAUAUAUUAAUUUUUCCGCUUGAGUACUAAACAAAACAUUCAUUCAAUUAUGAUUGCCCUAAGCAAUUAAUUACAUCAUAUACACGCUGUAAUAUUUUAUUUUAAUUGCUUAUUUCAUUUGUAUUUUUCAUUUUCGUAUCAUUUUUAAUGUAUUCAUCUACAUAAAUCUUUAUAUUUAAAUAGUCAUUACCUUUAUUCACCACUUAAUACUAAAAAGUAAUACAUUAAUAACAUAAA